AUGGAAUUAUUGAGGGAUUCAAUUAAAUUGCAAGAGGAAAACAAAAUGAUGAAGAAGCUUGCACUUUUAUAACAACAAGUUGGAUAUCCUUUAGAUACUUUAAUGAAGGAUGAGUUCAUUCAUAAAUUACCUGAAGAAAGUUUUAUUUGGACAAUAAUCUCGAAGAAGUACGAAUUAUUAACAGGGGAGAGAGCGAAUAAAGAAAUGAUCAUUUAGGAAGAGUUAUAUAAAAAAAUCACUUAUGAAAUGUUUGUAGAUGAAUGUUUUUAAGCAAUAUUGCAUUUCCAUUUAGUAAUUACUGACUAUAAAUUCAACUUACAUAUUAUUCAAGAUUCCAUAAGAAUUCUUAAAUAAUAAAUAUCAUUAUUGGAAAGUCACAAUCAAUUAAAGUUUGAUUAACCAAAUAGAUUAUCAAUCAGUUAUACCAGACAUAAGAGUUUAAAAACAGAUAUAUUCAAUCAUUAUCAAAUUAAAUAUAGAGCAUAUCUUAAUGGAUAAGAAUAAAAAUCGAUCUAUGCAAGAGGAGAUGAAUUGAUCUGUUCAUUUCCAAUUUUAGAAGAAAGUUAAACCCUAACAAUAGCUGUGUUUGGUAAGAGAAAGGAAACUGGAACAGAAUUUAAGGUUUUAAGUAAAAUCGAAUUAGAUUUGAAUGAAGUGUUGAUUUCCUUUCCUUUGCAAAGUUACUCUAAAGAAACAAUAUAACCUUGCUUGUUGACUUUAGAUUAUUAAGAUGAAUCACUAGAUGCUCCAUUCCAUGGAAAGAACCCAAUAGAACUUUACUUUUCGCUUUCCAUGCCAUCAGAGCAAAGAAUACAAACGAUGAAAAUUCUUAAGUUGAGGCAAGAAGAGUUUGGAAAUCAGAUCAGAUAAGAAAUAGAAGGCAGGAACUCUUAUAUUUAAUCAAUCAUCUAACCUUUUAAUGAUUUGGUUUAUAUCCCUGGAGAAAAUCUAAAAAUUAAAAAUGAAGUCGAUUAAUAGAGAUUUUCAUGCUCAGCUUGUCAAAUAUUCUGA